AUGGUGGUAUGCAGCUUUUUCCAGCAGGGUCGCUGCAAGUUCGGAGAUCGCUGCAAGUUCGAGCAUCCUGGCAAACCCACUGCUGGUGCAUCGGGGAACCGAUUCGGUGCUUUAUCCGGAGGGUUUGGAGUAGUGAAGGCAAGCGAAAUCAAGCAGGAUUUGACCGCAGGCCAGGGUCGUCCAGAAUGGAUCUUCUCUGCAUAUGCGCCUCACAGAGAUGUUGCACGCCAGCUGUUCGGUGGAGCUCACCGCGAGCGCAGUAUGGAAGAGAUGCGCCUGCGCCAUUAUGAAUUAGCAGCAUCCGGCAACCUGAACCAAGCGGUCCAAGAAGCCUCGGCUCUGUGGCAAGAGUGCGUGCAACAGAUGGAGAUCUCACUGAACGACCUGAAUGGCGCUGUCAAAUAUGUUAUUGAUGGCAAGGAUGAACAUCCCAAUCGACACGACAUUAUCGAGGGAAAGACUCAAACUAGUAUGAACCAAGCUCCAGCGCCAUUUGGCCAACCCUCUCCAUUUGGCCAGCAAAAUGCCGCCCCUGCACCUGGAGCGUUCGGCGGUCCUUCCUCAACGUUUGGCCAGCCUUCAGGACUUGGUCAGUCAGUUGGAUUCGGUAGGGCUUCAGCACCAGCGCAGCCCACUAGUAUGGGCCAGUCUACGGCCUUCGGACAGACUUCUGCCUUGGGUGGCUCCGCCUUCCAAACGUCCACCCUAGGAGGGCAGUCUGCCUUCGGCAAACCAGCUUUCGGCCCGCCAGGAGUUAACCCAAGCCCAUUCGGUAAGCCGUCAGUCCCAGGAGGUGGCGCCCCAUUCGGUGCUCCAUCCGUCGCUUCGCCCUUCACUCAAGUAGCUCAGAACCAGCCCGCUGCUGGUGGGUUCGGUCAAGCCGCUGCUCCGUCACCUUUCGGUCAAAACGCUGCACAGGCCGCCCCGUCACCAUUCGGCCAGCCGGCUGUCAAUCCGAGCCCAUUCGGUCAGCCCUCAGCUCCAGUAGGCGCCUCACCAUUUGGUCAGCCGUCAGCCCCGGCAGGCGCCGCCCCAUUCGGUGCUCCAUCUGCUGCUUCUCCCUUCAGUCAAGUAUCUCAGAACCAGCCUGUUGCUGGUGGGUUCGGCCAGCCUGCUGCACAACCUGCUCCGUCUCCCUUCGGCCAGCCUGCAGUUCAGGGCGUGCCGGUGCAAAAUGCCAAUGCCGGCCCGCGUGCAUACAUCAAAAUCGAAAAUCCUCAAGACCUUAACCCGCUUCCACAACUUGAGGGUGAAACCCGACAUAACCCAUCCAACAAACAACUAGUGAUGUGGAAGGGCCGCCCUGUCAAGUAUAUCAACGAGCACCCGUGCUACCUUCACCCACAAGACAACAAAACCUUUGUCCGAAUCAACUUCCCUAAUGGGCCGCCUGAUGCAGCUAGUUUGAAAGACGCACACGGCAAGCCUGAGGAAUACACACCAGAAAUCAUUGAAGCAUAUGAGUUUUUCCUUCAGAAUGGCUACUUCAAGGACGGCAACAUUCCCGCAGUACCUCCCAAACAGGAGUGGCUUAGUUUCGACUUUUAA